GCCCAGGCUGUGCCUCUCCAGGGCUGGAAACCUUGGCAGAAGGGAUUCAGCUCGCAGGACUAGGAGAAGGAGCCCGAUCUCCUGGACUGCUUCCCCUGGACCACUUCUGGGGAUCCCUUCCUUGGAGAGAUGGAGCUGACACCCCCAGGAAAGCUCAUCCUCCUCCUUGCCCUUUGCUUUCUUGCAGAGCCUGGGACUGUCCACUCCGGCUCCCCUGUUUCACUGGAUCCACCAUUACUUAGCACUCAAAAACCUCUUAUUACUAUUGCUGAAAAUGAUACACUACAGAUUACUUGCAGUGGUGAAAGAGCCUUGGAAUGGCUUUGGCCUAACAAUCAAACAAGUUUUGAAAAUCGUGUGACAGUGACUGACUGUACAGACAAUGUCUACUGUAAAAUCCUUACACUAACUCAAGUAAAAGGCAAUGACACGGGGGCCUACAAGUGCUUUUACCAAGACAACCAUACAGUGUCAAGUGUUUAUAUUUAUGUACAAGAUUUUACAGACCUUCCAGAUUAUCGAUCUCCAUUUGUGACAUCAGCUAGUGAACAACUGGGUGCUAUCUAUAUAACUGGAAACAAAACUGUGGUGAUACCCUGCCUCGGGUCCACAUCAAAUCUGAAUGUUUCACUCUAUACGAAGUAUCCAGACAAAGUGUUCGUGCCUGAUGGUAAAGCGAUAACCUGGGAUAGUCAGAAAGGUUUCACCAUUCCCACCAGCUUGGUCAGCGAUGUUGGCAUCGUCUACUGCAAAGCUAAGAUUGAUGGUGAAAGUUACCAAUCUCGGAUGUAUAUUGUGGUGAUUUUAGGAUAUAAAAUCCAUGAUCUCGCAAUGAGCCCGUCGCACAAUGUAGAGCUGGCAGCAGGAGAGAAAUUGGCUCUCAAUUGUACUGUAAGGACCGAGCUGAAUGUGGGGAUUGUGUUUGAAUGGGACUACCCAUCGAAGAAGGCAUCAGCAAGCAAGAAAAAGCAUGUUACAAUCAGGGAUGGAGUGACAUUGCCUAGUAAAGAAGUGAAGAAGUUUGUCAGCACUCUCAUCAUAGACCAUGUGAACUUAAAUGAUAGAGGUCAAUACAGGUGCACAGCCUCCAGCAGUCAAAUGACUAAGAAAAAUAGUAUCAAUGUUAUAAUUUAUGAAAAGCCUUUCUUAUCUUUUGGAAGAAUGCCAUCUUUGGUGGAGACAAAAGUGAGUGAACCAGCUAAAAUUCCUGUGAUUUUCAGAGGUUAUCCAUCUCCAGAUGCAAAAUGGUAUAAAAAUGGAAAACCCAUAGUUGCAAGUCGUAGCAUUAAACUUGGUUACUCCUUGAUGAUUAUUGAAACAAAUGAAAGAGAUGCUGGGAAUUAUACUGUCGUGAUGACCAAUCCCAUAAGCAAAGAGCAGAAAAGGCAUACAUUCCAUCUGGUUGUGAACGUUCCACCUCAGAUUGGAGAGAAUGCUCUUUUGGCUCCUGUCGAUUCUUAUAAGUAUGGCUCUACUGAAAUCCUAACAUGUACAAUAUAUGCUAUUCCAGCAGUGGCCAAGAUUCAGUGGUAUUGGCAGUUUGAGGAAGAAUGUACUUUCAACCCUCACCAGGCUGGAUUGGGAAACAAUCCUUAUUCCUGUAAGAAAUGGAAAGAUAUAACUGACAGAAGAGGUGGGAAUCAAAUUGAAAUAAUGAAAAUUCAGUCUGUUGUUAUUGCUGGGAAAAGGAAGACCGUAAGCACUCUCAUCAUUCAAGCAGCAAAUGUGUCUGCUUUGUACAAAUGUGUGGCUAGCAAUAAAGCUGGAGAAGGCGAGAGGGUGAUCUCCUUUCACGUUACCAGAGGCCUUGAAAUUAAUCUUCAGCCUCAAAGCCAACCUACUGAGAAGCACAAUGUCUCCUUGCAGUGCACAGCAGACAGGCUUACUUUUGAAAACUUGACCUGGUUUAAGCUGAGCCCUCGUGCCUCGAUGACAAGACUUGGCAGGUUGCCCAUGCCCAUUUGCAAAAACCUGGAAACUCUUCAGAGGCUUAAUGCCAUGGCUGCAAGUGCCAAUGGGGAAAAUGUUACCAGGGAACUCCUUCUCCAGAACAUUUCCCUUCAAGAUAGUGGGGAUUACGUAUGCGUCGCACAGGACAAAAAGACCAAAUUGCGACACUGCCUUGUCAAACACCUCACUAUUCAAGAACCAGUGGCACCCAGCAUUAUGGGGAACCUUGAGAAUCAAACAACAUAUAUCGGUGAAACAAUAGAAGUAUCAUGUGUAGCAAAUGGAAUCCCUUCUCCACUCAUCAAGUGGUUUAAAAACAACGAAUCUCUUGUUGAAGAUUCAGGUAUUGUUUUGAAAGAUGGAAACAGAAAUCUCACCAUCCGAAGGGUAAGGAAGGAAGAUGAAGGGAUCUACACCUGCCAUGCCUGCAAUGUUCUGGGCUGUACAAAAGCAGCAGCAUUUUUUGAAGUGGAAGGGACUGAUGAGAAAACGAAUCUUGAGCUCAUUAUUCUGGUUGGAACAGCAGUAAUUGCCAUGUUCUUCUGGUUACUCCUUGUCAUCAUUCUGCGGACCGUUAAACGGGCCAAUGGCGGAGAACUAAAAACUGGCUAUCUGUCCAUCAUCAUGGAUCCAGAUGAAGUUCCUAUGGAUGAGCAGUGUGAACGUCUUCCUUAUGAUGCCAGCAAGUGGGAGUUCCCCAGGGAGAGGCUCAAACUAGGUAAGCCACUUGGGCGGGGAGCAUUUGGCCAAGUCAUUGAAGCCGAUGCCUUUGGAAUAGACAAAGCUACAACUUGCCGUACUGUUGCUGUCAAAAUGCUCAAAGAUGGUGCAACACACAGUGAACACAGGGCACUGAUGUCUGAGCUGAAAAUUCUCAUUCACAUUGGUCAUCAUCUCAACGUGGUUAAUUUACUUGGAGCCUGCACAAAACCAGGAGGUCCACUCAUGGUGAUUGUGGAGUACUGCAAAUUUGGAAAUCUUUCAGUGUACUUAAGAAGCAAACGAAGUGAUUUUAUUCCAUAUAAGGCUAAAAGUGCUAGGUUUAGGCAGGAAUUUGGGGAGGACUUGAAGAAACGCUUGGACAGCAUCACGAGUAGCCAAAGUUCAGCAAGUUCUGGGUUUGGAGAGGAGAGAUCCCUCAGUGAUGUGGAAGAGGGGGAAGUAACAUCUGACGAUCCUUACAAAAAUGCUCUCACCUUGGAGGACCUCAUCUGCUACAGCUUCCAGGUGGCCCGAGGAAUGGAAUUCCUGGCCUCACGGAAAUGCAUCCACCGAGACUUGGCAGCUCGAAAUAUCCUCUUAUCAGAGAACAAUGUGGUCAAAAUUUGUGAUUUUGGAUUGGCUCGGGAUAUCUACAAAGAUCCUGACUAUGUCAGGAAAGGAGAUGCUAGGUUACCCCUGAAAUGGAUGGCACCAGAAACUAUUUUUGACAGAGUGUACACAAUUCAAAGUGAUGUGUGGUCCUUUGGUGUAUUGCUAUGGGAGAUAUUUUCCUUAGGAGCCUCACCAUAUCCUGGUGUAAAAAUUGAUGAGGAAUUCUGUAGAAGACUGAAAGAGGGGACACGAAUGAGGCCUCCUGAUUAUACCACACCUGAAAUGUAUCGGACGAUGCUAGACUGCUGGCAUGGGGAACCGAAACAAAGACCAACUUUCUCAGAUUUGGUGGAUCACCUGGGAAACUUAUUGCAAGCAAGUGUUCAUCAGGAUGGAAAGGACUAUGUUGACCUCCCCCAAAUGGCACUGAUGAACAUUGAAGAGGAUUCAGGACUGUCACUGCCAACAUCACCUGUUUCUUGUAGAGAAGAAGAGGAAGUGUGUGAUCCUCAGUUCCAUUAUGACAGCACACUGGAAAUGAGUCAGCAUAGAAAAGGCAGUAAAAGAAAAAGCCGUCCUGCGAGCGUAAAAACCUUUGAAUCUGUGCCUGUAGAACAAACAGUAAAAGUGAUUCAAGAGGAAAAUCAGACAGACAGUGGGAUGAUUCUUGCUUCUGAAGAGCUAAAGACACUAGAAGAGAAAUCUAAACAACUGGCAUUGCCCUUGAGUGGACUUGUCUCCAGUAAAAGUAAGGAGUCUGUCAUGUCUGAAGCUUCAAAUCCAACCAGUGGCUACCAGUCAGGCUAUCACUCAGAUGACAUGGAUACCACAGUUUACUCUGGUGAAGAAAUGGAACUUUUACCUCUCAGGGAAGAUGUUUCUCAGACUUGCUGUACACUGGCGUAUGACCCUGCAAUACCUCUCAGCUCACCUCCUGUUUAAGGAAUCUCCCAAGUAAGUCAUAACUGGAACUUGCAGCAUCCACUGCCUUUAUAAAAUACAUUUUAAAAAAAACAGCACUAGCUACAUCCAAUGGCUAUAACCUUUGCAUUCCUGGGUUUGUUUUAAAAAAAAAGUUCCCUGCAUCUUCUUUGAUAAGAUCGACCCAAAAUGCAACAUGGAAUAUUGGAUCCAGCGUCUUCAUUUGAAAGGACUUUAAAACCUAUCAGACAUCACCAAGCACUGCUAAGAGGGGUUUGACUGUAACUACUGAUGUGAUUUGAUUACAAACACAGUAUUGCAGACUUAUAGAGAUACAUGAAAUAUUAUGCUGACAACAUAUUUCUGUGAAACUGUGUGAAGAUGGAAGAAAGUUCAGUGAGAAUCCUUUGGAUUUUUCAGUUAUGUCAGCAGUUGAGUUUCAGCUGUGCCUUUGUAGUGCCUUCCAAAAGAUGUUGGCAGUACAGUUUGCUGGCUUUGCAGAAUUCCCUUUUGCUUACACCUCUAAAGGAACUCAGUUUGCCAGAUAAAGCAAAUGGAUGAAUAAUGUUGAACUAUACGUGUGAACACUGGUGAAAAGCGGACUUAUCCCUCUUUUUAAAAGAGGUUGCAUUUUGGCUGUGCAAGGCUUAAUCAGCUGAAGUUCUUCCUUCAAUGGAUAUUUCCUACUGACAAUAAUAAUCAAGUCUUGCCUUGGUCCAUAUAUACAAAAAUGGCUGAAUGAUUCAGGAGUUUUACUUUCUAUUUUUGGUGAUGUUGGCUUUACAUGAUGAUCAUUGGAAGGUUUGAAGUUUUUUAGAGCUUGGACCAUUGUAGAGCUUGGAAUUAGUUACAAAUAAUUUGUAUUGAAUUACUUGUAAUGGAUCACUUUUCACAAUAACUAAGGCCUAAUUAAGUUAUGUUAUGAUUGUAACUUAAAGUGGGAUAAUUUCUAUUCUUUUAACUGUAAUUGUAUUUUUGUAGUUACUGGGGUGUGGCCUCACUACUAAGGUAUGGGUUAACUACAGGCCAGAGGCUUGUAGCGUUUAGAUUAAAAACAACUAAAGGGAGCUACUUUAGUUACUUUUAAAUAACAAGCAGGUAAUGUUGUUUUUUUAAAAAAAUGUUAAUGUAACUAACUUUUUUUGUCUCAGAACUGUAUCUAGUUAUUUGUAAAAAGUGACAUGUCAAAUCCUCGUUCCUCUGGAAAUCCAGGCAUCUUCCUAGGAAAGAACAAAUACCCAGAUGUAUUGUGCAUGCAACUUUGCAAACAAUGUUGACAAAAUUACAUAAGCUGCUGAGAUUCUAUGGCUGAUGCUUUUCAGUAAAGAAAUUGUGUGGCCAUUUUUUAUGUUUUUCUUUCCCAGACUUCUAACAAUGUAAAGAUUUUUUUUAAAAAAAAAACUGUUGUUAAACCUAUUUUGACUGCUGUUCCUUUUGUAUUUUUGAAGAAUUUUUUAUUCAUUGUUUUGUAUUUUGUACAAUAUUUCAACAGGGAACUCAUGAAUUAACAAAAAUGGCACAUAUAGUAUUUAUAGUCUGGGUGUGUAGAAAUAAAUGUAAUAUAUUAUUAAAAAUAAAUAUAUAUUAUAUACAAAGAAAAUGCA